AUGGGUGCUGCCGACAGCCAGGAUGACGCCAGAAACGAAGAGUCCAAGAAAAGAGACGAGAUCAACCUCAAUCAAGAGAUUAAAAUGCCAAAAAAUCUACUACAAUCCGAUAGUAACCAACCGACCAAUGCCAAGCAACGAGAAGAUGAUUUGAGCUACAACUGUGUGAAUGAUCCCUUAGAAGCGAUUCCCGGUCGAAACAGUGGAUCCAUCCACCCCUCGAGGCUGUCAAUGAUGCAUGAAAAUCUUGAUCAUGGUGUCCUACAAAAGGAAAAUCCAGCACAGUAUGUCAGCCAUCCUUCACGAUUGGCCGUGAUGAAUGAAAAUCAAGACCACUCUGUCCUGCAAAAGGAGAGCCCCAUGGUACAGGAAAAGGUGCAUUCCGACAUUGAAGCUUCUACUUGUAUCGGUACAGGUUCAACCAGAAUUUCGCAUCCUGGUGCUUUCUAUAUGGGAGAAAUGACGCAAUUUGAAUCGUUAAAUGAAGCGGUGACGAAUGGGUGUGGAAUAUCUGACAUUAGUAGUGACAGCAGUAGCACUGAAAACGGCAGUAGCAAUGAAAGCCAACUUAUCAUUGUACCUCGAGCCUCAGUCGUAGGAAAAUCUGGGGACUAUGAAGAAGCGACAAGCGAUCGAAUUUUUAACAUCCCUGUAGUUUAUGCUGUCAGGAACGGCCCACAUACUACCCGAAGACGAACGUUUGGUUGUUGUGGAGUUCUCGGAUGCCUGGCAAUCGUUGCAUUGCUUUGGACGGUUAUUCACAUGCUCUUGGAGGGGAACCAAGCGGUACUAAGUGUCCCAGUCUACAUUACAAAUGCACCUACCCCCGCGUUAGAACAUAACGCAAGCAACGGAAAUGACACGCCAGUUGGUUCACUGAGCACUGCAAUCCCAACGAGCCCCAAUAGCAUUGACACCUUCAUUGGAACACAAGCUCCAUCCGAGGCAAAGGGCGACAUUUUUGCAUUUCCAUCUCCGUCGCCAAUGCACAAUGAUCAGCCCGUACCAAGCCCAAAUAGGAGCCCGACUAGGAAUCCAACGCCAGAACCAACUUCAAGCUCACUUCCUGAAUGGACUCCGAAUCCAACAGCAAGGCCAACGCGAUUUCCGACUCCAGGACCAACUCCGGGGCCCACGCCUGAACCAACUCGAAGAGCAGUUUCUGCAUCAACACCAACUAGAAAUCCAACAAGAAGGCCUACCAGACAACCGACUCGAGCAACAACACCUAGACCUACACUGACUCCUACACGGCAGCUGACACCUAGACCCGCUCCGAGACCUUCACCUAAUCCAACACGGCGACCGGCGCCCAACCCGGAACCCAGGCCACCACCACCAGAUGGAGAUCGCAACGGUGGUGGUGGUAGUGGGGAAGGUGGUGGCGAUGGUGGCGGCGGUGGAGGAGGAGGAAAUAGUGGUGGUGGUGGUGGUGGUGGUGGAGGACGAGGCGGUCGUUGA